AUGACACGUGGAAGAUACCAACAUCGUGCACCGCCAUCGAAAUUGGCUAUAGAGAAUCGUUUUCGCUUUUUUGUUCAUAUAAUAAGGAGACCAGCAGAUCGCCUUGUUCAACGAGUUUUGAGGAGUUUGUCGGAUUCAAGCUGGAAAAGGCCACCUGGCCGAAAGCAGAAGUUCUUGACUGAGGUGUUGAAAGAGGACCUGAGGACACUCUACGCGUAUAGGCAGUCCAGGCGAGACGUAGGGUUUCACAGAAUAUGGAACAGCGACGAAUGGAUUGAAUCCCGUGCAAGCUCUCGCAGAAGAUCGAGAAGAUUGGGCACAGCUAUGUUCAAGGACGACACACCUCGGCGAAGAUGCAGGUAA